AUGGAAAGGGUCAUGACAGAAACCGAGGAUCUGCUAGCUGGUGUUGAAGCGGACAGGUUUAACAACUUGAAGCCUGGUAAAAUACCAAACGACGAAGAAUAUGAAAGUGACUAUGCGGACGAAGAGGACGCUGCAUCAGAAGACGAAGCUCGACCAAGUCCCUUCCAGCCAGUUGCUGGCGUUCAAGGCAGAUGUGAGCGCAGGACGCUGGGAGAGAUCAAUAACUACGGCGCUGGGAUAAACAGCCAGAGUUCGCCCCAUACUUCCAACGACCUAAGCUUCUAG